AGAAAUGAUCUGCGCACGCGCUUUGAUGGUUCCUCUUCUCACCUUUGGCAUCGUCACGUCGGGUGUCGCGGAGAGGUCAUUCAAGAUCGACUACAACAAGCACACCUUUCUGAAGGACGGCAAACCCUUUCGGUUUGUCGGUGGCUCGAUGCACUACUUCCGAGUUCCCAGAGCGUACUGGGAUGACCGGCUCCACACGUUGCGCAUGGGAGGACCGAACGUGGUAGACUUUUACAUCGACUGGAGCGGCCACGAGCCCGAACCCGGACAGUACAACUUCGCCGACAACUACGACCUGGUCGCCUUCCUGGAGGCCGUCAAGAAGGCCGACCUCCUGGCGAUCGUCAGGCCGGGACCCUACAUAUGCGGCGAGGUGGACAAUGCGGGCUUACCUUACUGGCUGCUGCGCAAGCACCCGGACAUGGAGUACCGAACGAUGCACGAUGACUACAUGCUAGAAAUGGGCAAGUGGUUCCAGAAGUUGCUGCCGAUGCUGGUUCCGUACCUCUACAAAAAUGGCGGGCCCAUCAUAAUGGUACAGGUCGAGAAUGAGUACGGCCAUCUCGAAGGUCACUGCGACCCCUUAUACAUGGAUGUCGUAUUGUCCCUCCAGCGGGUGCUUUUAGGCAUGGACGUAGUCAUGUUCCGCGCCAACGCACCAUCUAUGGAACGAUACAAUUGUGACAAGGCGCGACAAAUCUUGGUGGCCGGCAACCUCGACCCCAUGAGCAACGUAAGCAAAGACUUUGACGUCAUUCGCCAAGCACAGGUCAAGCCGGGGGCUCCCAUCGUAGUGAGUGAGUACUACACCGGUUGGAUGAACUACUGGGGCUGGGACGACAAUCCGGCCUAUCCACCCAUGAUCGUCGAAACCUUCGAGAAGAUGAUGGAACAGGGGGCCAACGUUAUUUUCUACAUGUUCCACGGAGGCACGAACUUCGGCUUCAAGGCUGCCACCAGCUCAGAAUCGCCGUUGGUAACGAGCUACGACUACGACGCGCCCAUGGGAGAAGACGGCGACCCAAAGACCUACUACUUCUUACUACGCAAAUCAAUCGGCAAGUACAUUCCGCUCAAAUCCGGGGAGCUUCGUAAGCCCUGGCCCAAGUUGAAGAUAGACGCCAUUCGCAUGCCGCACAGCAGGUCCCUGACGGACGUAAUGGCACACUUCAGAGAUAAAGGCUGGCUCAAGCGAAGAAGGUCCGAGUAUCCGUUGACCUUCGAAGAGCUCGGCCAGGACUUCGGGUUUCUUUUGUACCGCACUGUGUUCAUGGCCGGCCCGGAUGGCCGGUACUUAAUGGCGCUUCACGGUCUCCGCGACAUGGCGCAGCUGCACGUGCGUGACGAACGCUACUUCAUGCGCAUAUUCGACACCGCACGCCUGCCAGCCAAAACUGAUUGCGACGUGAUGCUCAGGUUGGGCGAGAGGCUGUCCAUCCUGGUGGAGAACAUGGGCCGCGAAGACUUCGGUCCCAAGAAUCGCGAUCCGAAGGGAAUUAAGAACGUGACUGUGGACGGCAUCACCCUGACUGACUGGAUCAUCGAGGCCCUGCCUCUGACACAGAAGAGAGACAUUAACGAACUCUUCCAGCUCAUGCGGACGCCCAGAAACAGCCAAGGCAACAUACCACACUUCUACUACGGUUGGUUCACGUUGCCCAAGGGACAGAAGCCACUGGACACGUUCCUCGACCCGUCAAACUACACGAAAGGUGUGGCGUUUAUUAACGGCUUCAACCUGGGGCGCUACUGGCCGGCAGUCGGGCCGCAGAUAAGGCUGUACGUUCCCGGAAUCUACAUCAAGCCGUAUCCCGAGAAAAACAGGCUCAUCUUGUUCGAAUUGGAAGGGCUUCGCACUAAUCACCCUGACCGAGGUGUUAGCUUUGUUGAUAGGCCUUACCUCAACGCUAUUGCGGGACAGCCUCACCCUUAGCGGGAAGACCAGAAAGGCAACUAGCAAUACUUGAAAUUACCGAGUGUUUAUUUCGUUGGAGUUCAGUCUUUACGAAACGAACGCCAAAGGUCAGGCUAACAGGUCCCCAGAAGACCACCGACAAGGGCCCCGGUCAUUGAUAUAUUUCACUGUAUCAAUCGACGGUAGGCGAACGCCUUUUGCAAACUGGAAUUUCAUUGUUGUUACGCAUCAUCAUCCAACUUUGUUCACGAGCACGUUCAGUCUACUCAAUAAACGUGUAUUUUUUUCA